AAUUAUCUUGACAUCAAUUGAUCAGCGCAUACGUUGCAGAGUGCAAAGACCAGAACAAUGCGCUCGGCAUAUACCUGCCAGCGGUGUUUGGCCCACCUGCGGCCUCUCUCGCGGUCAACUCCUACUCCUAUAUCUCCCAUACGACAAUUUGGCCAACGAUGCAUUUCCACGCAACCAAAGCAGCACAGCAGAAACUGUGCUCCUGCAAGUAAAACCCACUUGCAGUCUUUGAAUUCGACUCAGUCUACGAAGCGGGCUUCGUCGACCUUCCCCCAACGUGGCCAGACGGCGGCCAAUGAGCCCGUCGAGAUUCCUUCGCCCCGGGGAUUGGAGCGAGAGCCCAUUCCCGCACUCAGCGGCCGCCCAUUGCUCAAGCCUGGCAACCUCUUCCACCCCUUCUCUAAAUCACCUUCACCAGAGAUACGACAGCGUGCAGCAUUCAUCAAGCAGCAUGCGCACUGCCCUCAUCCGAGCCAUCAUCAGAGCAGACUUCCUACGGACCCUGAAGAUCCCGAGGCGAAAAAGGCAACUGGUCCGGAAACUCUGCCACCUGCACACGUGGGAUUUGAAUGCCCCGACUGCGGUAUUCCCGUAUACUGCUGUGAGGAGCAUUGGGCAGACGACUAUGAGGCGCAUCUCGAAGUCUGUGAUACCCUGCGCCAGAUUAACGAGGAUGACCACGAUCUCCGCUCUGGACGCUUCUUCCCCGAAUUCGAAUAUCCCGGUCCUCAAAUGGAAGAAGCUUUGAUCAAUAUGACUAACUGGGACACAUUCAUGUACUCGCGCGACUUUCGCGCAAUCAAUGACGAGCGAAGCAUGCGGCAGGCGACUCGCCUUCUCACAUAUCCUGCUACUAUUGGUAGUAUCUUGCACGAAUUGAGUCCAUACAAUCUCAAAAAGGGAGGACGCCUGACUGUUGAAGGACUCAAGAGUUUAAGCGCCCUUCGCUAUACUCUCCACCCUCCUCGAACAGGUGCCGGCGGCGACAUCAAGGGGCUGCGACCAAACCCGCCUCCCGUGCGUAUCUUCAUCCUCGGUGCGCGCGCUGAGUCUUCUCUCCCGCGCGAAGUCUGGGCACAGCUCUCGCACAUGUUCCCUCGCGUAUCCUUCCACCUCAUCUUCAUCGGCCCAGAGAGCAUGGCGAACCGGGAAGCCGAGUUCCCCCUGCCUGAGCGUACGCCGAGCAACCCCUUUGGCGCGAUUGUGGAAGACCGAAUCAGCCAUCAACUCAAGAUUACUACAUUCGUGGAAUACUACCAUACGCUACAUCGUGCAGGCCUGUUCUAUCCAUAUGACCCGUACUUUGACUGCUUCAUGCUUUUCCAUCCUGGUCUUGGUCACCCUGCAAGCUCAGCGGAGUGGGAAGAGACUCUUCCUAUGCUGCUUGAGACCAAGGUCCCAAUUCUGGCAACGGGCUACACGCCCUGGGACAUGGAGCGCGACUGGAAGUGGGUUGAGGAAAAGGUUGGCGGUGAGGUCGAUCUGCUAAUGGAGCCUGGCGAGAACCGGUUCAGCAGUCUGCGGUGGGAUUUGAAUGAUUUGGACCCUCAAGAUAUUACCUGUGGCAACUGGGGCGUUUGGGCAUUUAGAGGCAAACGGUACGAAACUACCAUGAGAAACAAUGAGAAGGGCAUUUCUUAGCCGUGGGUUGAAAAUAUUUCACACUGAAGCUCGCGGGGAACCAAGCGCCGAGGCAUAAAUGGCUAAGGUGAAUAGCGUAGCUGGCAUUUACAUGUUUCUUUAUAUUCGGUCUUCAAAUUGUGUAC